GAAAAACUCGGUUAAAACCAAAGUAUUUCUUUUAUGUUAUACUCAGAAGUUGCUAUCCAAUUCUUUUUAUACAUACAAUUCCAGUCUGUAGCUACAGAAUGCACUCUAGCUAGACAAUUCAAUUGUAUAUGAGGCUUGCCCACUUGCUUAUGGGGAAAAGAAGGUCAAAGAUCAACCAGUCAGUGCCCUCGAAACAUGGUCUUGUAUUUGGGGGAAAAUGGGAAAAGUGGUUUAUAAGAGAAACGGUCUUAGAAGUAGUCAACAACUACGUAUAUUUAGGUUUUACUUUUACGACAAUCAUGAGUUUGUUUCAAGGGGCUAAGCAGUUAGCAAGAAAAAUGCCACGUUAGACAUAGUUAAGAGCCCUAAUAGAUAGUAUGAUAAGAAAGACUUUUUUAAAAAGCUUUUUGAUGCUGUGGUUCAACCAUCUCUUCUGUGUGCAUCCAUGAUAAUAGCUUUGUCAAAAAGGUACAUAUUCUUACGCAUGUAAAAAGUUCGAAUGUUUCAAUCCAUACACCAACAAAUACGAUAUACAGGAAACGUGGACGAUAUCCACUCCUGGUAAACUGUUAUACGAGAACUAUCGAAUUUUGACUCGGAUUGACAAAAAUUUCCACGGAUCCUAACCUAAACAACCAUAUCAAGUAUUAGUUAAUCUUGAUGCACAAGGCAAAACAAACUGGGUAACAAAAGUAUGAAUAGCCUUAAGAUAUAUGAGUUUUAAUCAAGUAUGGUUAAAUAAAGGAGUAGAAGACCAUAAAAUAUUUCUCUCUAUUCUCAAUGUCAGAUGUUACUCAGCAAACAUGAGGCACAGUGGGCGUUUGCAGUUAUACCGAUCGCAUAAAUCAACUCUCAUGCCAGACCUCUAUUUAUUUUUGUUGAUUAUGUAAAAGACUUUAAUACGCUUCCGUGAAGGAGUGAGCGGUAAAUACACACUAAAAUCAUUUUAUACGGGAUAGGACAGAGAAUACAAAUAAAUGUCCUUUCUACAUACAUUUACAGAAGAUGAAGCUCGUGGGGUUUUUUUAUUAUUAUUGUCCUAUAUAUAUAGAUUUUCGUCCAUUUCAUCUAUAACAUGUUACCCCACACAACGAAGAACAAUAUUUUAAGUACUGUCGCGUGAUAAUCCAAGAAAAACAAGAAAACUCUGGCGUCCCUCUAUCGCACUCUUAUUCGUUGAGUGGAGACAGUCAUGCUAAGACGGUGACAGACAGAGGAACGCCACAAAGAACGAAGAAGACAGGAGUGCAAACAGACUGAGUGCAAACCUCAUUCUAACGCUUGGGCUGAAGGCUCAGUAGUGAUCCCCUUAUCGCUCCCUCAGAACUACGCCAAAGUGUUUGCAGGUGUUUUGUCCCGUUUUUCUUUUCUACCUUCAGCCUUUUUAACUAUCCUUUACUUGGGCAUAGGGCGGUUCUUUGCUUUUCUUUUGUGGGUGUGUGUAUAUGUGUAUAUACUUUUUUUCUGCACGUGAAUACAUUUGCUAUUUGUGCCGUUCAUUUUGUCUUUGCUGUGGUCCACACUCAUCAGUGGUUUCACAGGAACGUCGCGUCCCUCCUUUGGCCGAUGGAAUGGGUGUGUGUGUGUGUGAUCGUGUCCAGUGAUUGAAUGGAUGCGGUUGUGCAUCCGGCGACGUUGGAGUUGUACGCGACGUGUACUACGCGGACGUCUGUGGAUUUGUUUACAGUCUUGGGCGAUGAUAUCUCAUCACGCCAGGUGAUAAAGCCUGGAUGGCUAGGAUCGAUCUUCUGUCGGAGAAAUUCAAACAGGCUUGGCCUAUCAUCUAAACACUCAUUUUAAACUGGCAUACCAUCUGAAUGCUCACGUUGACAUGAAGCAUUGCUCUUCUGUCUAGUCUUGUCUGGCGAAACGUUAGCUUGAUUGCCGACGGACAGUGGGAAAAGCGACAGCUGCAUCUCUGAUAACCUUCUUCUCUCGGCCUACUCUUGUCAUUUGUAGUUGGUGAUGGGCUCGAAAUUUCCACUAACUCAUGUCGUCAAAAACAUGUAUGUGUGUGUGUUUAUCUGUUCUUUCACAACCGAAAAUUAAAGAAUCUCUCUCUCCCUCAUGGUCGAUCACAAAUACAAUACUCAUAUAGCAACCAUGACAUUUUAUCUUUAUAUCUGUAUCAACCAAUAGAAGUUUUUUUGUCCUAAUGUCUUCAUUAGAAACGGAAACUGUUCCAAUUGGACCAGAGAUCAGCACAGCUUAACUGGUACAGUUUAACUAUCUUCUCUCCGACUAGUGACGUGAUCUUGUUUCCCUCAAACUCACUCGCGUGGUGUGGCGCACAGAUAGUCGGCUUGGCAAUUCCUUGCUGCUCUCAUUACAUAGUAUCCCAGAUACCCUUGCAGCACCGCCGCUAGCGCACGUGUGCAAGCGUAUGUUUGUGCGUGCGUGUGUGUGUGUGCUGUAUACCUGCUGUGUAGCAAGAUGAUGUAGUUGUAGAGGCGGCAGCGCGCCCUCUGGCUGUGAGCGGACUAUUUUUACACCUCUCCCUCCCGACCCUCCCCUACAGCCUGUGUUUUCCUUCGACGUACUUGCUUCAGUUUGUCAACUGCUUCUCUUAUCAGUCGAGUCACGCAAGUCUUUCGGCGCCAUCUUGCGCUCGUUUCAGUUUGCACAAGCUGUUAGCGUUCUGGCUCUCAACACAGACCCGCUGCAGUCUUCCCUCGACACGAGCCGCUUGUUGGACGUCACGUAAGCCUGGGACGUAAUGUCAGCAUGAAGCUACGUCAACGUUACGUCAUCGCCGGUGGCGUGGCCGUCAGCGUCCUGAUCACGCUGACCAUCGUAUUGACCAUCUCCAGCAGUGAUCGUCUGUACAACACUGUGUGGGAGGUGCAGGGUGCCAUCAGAAACCAGUUCCAGAUGAGGCCCAAGCCGCAGCCGAACAUAUUCGUGGGGCAACUCACGGUAGAGGAAUUCCGACAAAACCCAUUAUUUCUGACAGGUAACCCACUAAUAGAUGAUUACGGGAAAAACGACCCUUUGGGGCCAGGCGAAAAUGGCGUCCCUGUGGUCUUACCGGAAAUAACGAAGCACAACGCCUCGCUUGCUCUGGAGAAGUAUCACGUCAAUGUGUUGGCCAGUGACGCCAUCGCCCUCAACCGGAAGGUGCCAGACUCCCGCUUCCCUGGGUGUAUGGGACUAGCUUACCCACAUGACCUUCCCACUGUUUCCAUCAUCAUCCCUUUUUACGACGAAUGGCCGUCUGUUUUACUGCGCACCUUGUACAGCAUCGUCAACAGGACUCCGCGACAUCUACUGUGGGAGAUCAUUCUCGUCAAUGACGGAAGCACUCUCGAAAGCCUUAAGGGUGAUCUAGACACAUACAUCGCCACCAAAUUUCCCAUCGGACUGAUCAAGAUAAUUCACCUCGAAGAAAGGAUUGGUCUCAUCCGGGCUCGCAUGAAAGGUGUGCGUAUGGCGACAGGGGAAGUUCUGGUCAUCUUUGACAGUCACAUGGAGGUCAAUGUCCAGUGGCUAGAACCUUUGCUGGUGCAAGUGAGGCAGAACCCGAAGUCCAUAGCGCUAGGCAUUCUGGACUACAUCCACGCAGAAACGUUUCACUACGACUGGCACAAGGGCUACAUCACACGAUACGGCUUUGACUGGCGCCUUGUGUUCUUCGAAACUUUCUUUACACCAGAUUUGUACGGACCAAAAGACGACCUUCCUAAGCGAGGCGUAGUAAUGGUGGGAGCUGCCUUCGCCGUAGACCGGAAGUUCUUUCUGGAGCUGGGCGGAUAUGACGAAGGAAUGGACGUUUGGGGAGGAGAGAACCUGGAGCUGUCGUGGCGGGUGUGGUUGUGUGGUGGCUCCCUGAAACACAUCCCCUGCUCCAAGCUGGGUCACAUCGCCAGGGCACAACCCUACUCCUUUCCCGAGGGCCGGCGGCAGAUCGAGGUGCACAAUUACAAACGCGCUGUGGAGGUGUGGAUGGAAGCCAACCACAAGAGUUUUAUCUACGACUUCUUUCCUGAGAUGAAGACAGCGGACCCUGGAGACCUUGAAGAAAGAAAAGAGAUUAAGAAGAAACUUAGGUGCAAAUCGUUCAGUUGGUUCAUCGACAACAUUUGGCCGGAACUGACUGUCUUCGACAAAGAUGCCAGGGCUUGGGGGGCGGUACGCAACACGGCCACCGGGCUGUGUCUCGACAACCACAGCUACCUGUUCACCUAUGAAGAAGCCCUUUAUGCAGACCCAUGUCACGGCAAGUUAAACACUCAAGGGUUCACCCUGACAAAUCAAGGCUUACUGAGGUCUAGUCUUCAGUGUGUGGUCAUCAAACAGAACUACCCGGGUGCGCCGGCGAGGCUGGAGAGCUGCGUCACCGGUCCAGCAGACAAGUGGUCGUACCCUAAAGUAAACGAGCAUCUGCGCCACGAGAGGACAGGUCUGUGCUUAGACCUGUGUGAUGGCCUUCCAUGCGUCAAGACGUGCACAACUGUCGUCACUCAAAUGUGGACGUUUGAAACACCUGUACUCACAGUGUGAUCGCAGUCCUGUCGAUUACUUAUUUAAGCUAGAUUUUUUUGGUUGUGAUAGCACUUGCAACACCCACCUGGUGAUGUUCUUUCUCGCCCCCCCCCUCUCUCUCUCUAUUUUUUUAAUAAUUUUUAUUAUCCAUUUAUUUAUUUUAUUUAUUUAUUUUUUACUUUUCUUUCAUAUUCAUCAUUUUCUUCCGUUUCCCCCCUCUAUUAUUUUCGGUAACUUUCUUUCGUUCUUUUAAUAUUUAUUCAUUUCCCCCCUGUGUUCCUUUUUCUUUAAUUUUCUUUCAUAAAUGGUAAACUUGUGUUCCCGCAUGCUUUGCGUGAGGUGAUCAGGCGCUAGAGACUUCAUCGGAUUCUGUGUGCUCUAACAGGGUUCUAAUUAACGGCAUUAGUAAAUAAGAAUGAGUUGCGAUAAUUUAAUAAACUGACUAUUAUUCCUAAAAAAAGAUCACUGAUGAUUUACUUUGUAAAUGAUUCCAUUUUGUGUUCAGUCGUCAUGUUAAUUUUUCAUGUUGUCAGGUUGUGAAACUGCAUGUUUGUUCGCCUUAUUUGUCCAUUUUCCAUUUUUGUCGUCCGCCUAGCUUCACGUUUCAAUAAGUGCCUAUAAAUUUGUUUUGCUGUCCACGAUCUCUUUUGGGGUAUCCAUGCACGUCUGCACGGGUAUCUGGACGCAGUUGUUGAACAUUUUCCCGGCCUUUAGGCGUAAAUCCUUGCACUUUUGCGACGAUCUUUGACUGAAUGCUUGAGACAAAUUGACGAACUACCGACGAAAACUGAACGCAAGCGCGCAGGCCAGGAAGAAGAAAUCCUUCCACUCGCGUAUUCGACAUUUGGUCUCGCGGUUUAACGGGUGUACAUUUGCAUGUACGUUGGAUGCAUUCCUUGAACAUUUGCUUGGACUGAUAGAUUAACUUAAUUCCUGUACCUUUUGUUCGGAAUCAUGAAUUAAUAAUUUCUCCUUGUGCGUGAUUCGUGCGAUGACUUAAAAAUGUUUUUUUUUAAAAAUGUUCUGUCCAGCUACGACAGAGAAUUAAGAGUGAAUGCUGCACUAGGCUUCACACGAAUAAAAACUGAAGUAAUUU